CUCGGUCUGGCUGUCUCUCCCUCCUGGGAGCCCUCUCUGACCCGGCCGCGGGGCGGGCGUCCAGGUUGUCUGAGGUCAGCGUCUCCUGGCCCCACUCCCAGGCCCUUGGACCCUUGAAGGACCGUGUGGUUUGGGGGAGGGGGCGGCCCCGUCACCGAAGGCUCAACGCCCGUCCUCGCCCCCCACCCUGGCCUCCGUGGGAAGCACCGGGGGCCGCUGCGGAGAAGCGGGGGGCUCCAGCUAGGAUGGUGACCCUGCCCACGGAGGCCCAACGCCUUGGCCGGGGCCCCGAAGGCCUCUCGAGUGUCCCUCCCUCUUCCCUCCGUACGUUCAUCCCCCCUUGGCCGCGGGAAUGGAAAGAGGGGCGGGAGCGGGAGGUUUCCGGCCGCAGAGAGCUGCCGAGACGGCCUCCCGGGAGAGGAGAGCCAGUCAGCCCGCCCGCCGGGGACCUCUCCAGACUCGCCCUUGAGCGGGGGACCCAGGCACCAGAAAGUCCAGCCCGGCCUCUACGCCCGACCCUGCCGAUGGAGUGGUUGGGGGGCCUGCCUCCUUCCUGGCUGCUGGGGUCCCUCCUGGCCCUGCUGCUGGCCCUGACCCCGAGCCGGGCCGCCCGGGAGGACGAGAAGAAUGGCCCGGGCCGGAGAGAGCCCCAGGAGGAAGACUGGGAAACGUUGGCGAAGGAGGUUCGGGAAAUCCUCUCAGUUGGGGUGCCGAGGGUCCCAGGGGACUUCGAGGGGGAAGAGGCCUGGGAGGGGGAAGAGGCCUGGGAGGCCGGCCCCACUUUCACCGUCACCCCCACCUCCAUCCCCACAACCACGGCCGAGGACACCGUCUCUUACAUCUUGAGCCGGCUGGCCGGCCUGGACUCCGGGCUGCACCAGCUCCACGUGCGGCUCCACACCCUGGACGCCCGCGUGGCGGAGCUGGGCCGGGGCCUGCGGCGGAUGAGGGAGACGGCCGCGAAGACCCACGAGGCCCUGGAGGCCCUGGAGGCCGCGGAGCUGCGGGGCCAGCAAGAACGAGGGCGGCUCGAAGGCUGCCUGAAGGGGCUGCGCCUGCACCACAAGUGCUUCCUGCUGGUGCGGGACUACGAGAGCCACGAGGCGGCGGCGGCGCGGUGCGGGGCCCGGGGCGGGGCGCUGGCCAUGCCGGCCGACGCCUCCCAGAUGGCCGGGCUGGGCGACUACCUCCGCCGGGCCCUGGCCCCCUACAACUGGCCCGUGUGGAUCGGCGUGUCCGACCGGAGGGCCGAGGGCCUCUACCUCUUCGACAACGGGCAGCGCGUCUCCUUCUUCGCCUGGCACCGCCGCCCCAGGCCGCCCCCGGGGUCCGGCCCCGCCUCGGCGCCCCCGGACCCCGCGGGGCUCGGGCCCGACCAGCCCAACGGGGGGCUGCAGGAGAACUGCGUGGCCACCACCUCCGACGACGGCACCUGGUGGGACCAAGACUGCCAGAGGAGACUCUACUUCGCCUGCGAAUUCCCGCUGUAGGAACUGUUCCCCCGCUCCCGUCCCCCUCCCGUCCUCCCUCCCUGCCCCAACCGGGAAAUAGAGGGGCGCGGCCCACUCGGACUCA